AUGGCCCAAGGCAAACGAGCGCCCCCUCCUAGGCGCGACGUCCGCGUCUACCACGAGCGUCAGCAGCUUUGGCGCUGCGGCCUGCACGCCACGAAUGCCCUUUUGAAGCGGCGUGCCUACUCAGCCGCCGACUUUUCGAAAAUCGCCGACGAUUUGAUGGCAGGGCAGCGCUCGUCGUGGUUCCAUCCACACCGUUCAAUGCUCGGCCUAGGCGACUACGACGUUAACGUGCUGAUGGUUGCGUUGGACAAGUACGCCAUACAGACCAACUGGGUCUCCGAGACGGCCUCGCUGGAGGAGAUUAUACGGGCCAAUCCGAAAAUGAAGGGCUUUUUAGUGAACGUGCCUUCCCAGUUUGGCCUCCCAUCGUUCAUGGCACCCGCGAACAGCUUGUUCGGGGAUAGAAAGCAUUGGAUUGCUGUCCCCCGGUACUACAGUCAUUUCCACUUGGUUGAUUCCAAGACGACGCCGUCUCGGUUCGAGAAGGAGGUGGAUCUCAUCCGAUAUUUAGAAAAAGUCCGCAAAGCAUCGGGGCACGUUUUGUACCUUGUGGAUAAAUCUGAAUCGGACCAACCAGUUGAUUGA